ACCACGGGCUCUAGGCUUUAGGUUAUGUCGUCGUGUUUAUAAUCGUUCCGAUCAAAUUGAUCCGCGCUCAUCUCCCCUCGCGCGCACGAUCCGUCAUCGGCGGAUUUCAGGCGGAUCGCCUGAGCGAAAUAUGAGAAGGAUACACAUCGUGACAUCGACUGGGACAUCGGCCGAAAAAUCCGCAGCCGAGCUAUUGUGUCGUGUUCGCGAGCUAAUUAAAUAACGACCCAAGAAUACAUCCGUGUUAUGAGUGUUGGUUUAUCCAUGUAUGAUGGCUUGGAGAGUGAGAAUACUCUUGAUAAUGGCCUUGAUAGCACCGGGAGUACUACAAAGAAAUUAACUAGAGGUAUCUCCCGUGCAACUGAAAAUGCCGCAAUUGUGUCUUAUGCUCGCUCGCAAUUGGCAGCUUUAGGGGCUCUUGAUACACCAGAAUACACAUUUUCAUUGCCAGACUUAUCUGUAUAUCCAGAUUCAUUUCGCAAAUUUUUGGAGAAGGAUCUUUUAGAGAACGGAUGUCUCAGUUCCUUGGAAGCUGCAGGUCGUUUAAAUUGGUGGUACAAAAGUGGAAGCACCAGAAUCCUUUGGCCAUUGGCAACAUCAGGAGAUGGCAACUGUCUACUUCAUGCUGCGUCAUUGGGGAUGUGGGGUUUUCAUGAUAGAUUACUUACCUUAAGAGAAGCAUUGCAUAAUACUUUGACCAAAGGAGAAUAUAGACAUGCUCUUUUUAGGCGAUGGAAAUGGUGGCAAACAGGCCUAAAUGCAGCUGCUGGAUUAUCGUAUACGGAAGCGGAAUGGCUAUCAGAAUGGCAAAGUAUAGUGGAUAUGGCCUCUCCUACAAUCAGAAACCAAACCGCUGCCUCUUAUCAGAGUCUCGAAGAGAUACACGUUUUAACCUUGGCCCAUGCUUUAAGAAGGCCUAUAAUAGUCAUUGCGGAAACUAUGCUGAAGGAUGCUGAUGGAGUAGCCUUAGCACCAAUUCCGUUUGGUGGAGUGUAUUUGCCUUUGGAAGUACCACCUUCGGAUUGUCAUAGAACUCCUUUAUUUCUAGCAUAUCAUUCUGCUCAUUUUUCCCCACUUGUGACUGUAGACAGAUGCAAUGAUUAUGGCACCGCAUGCGGCGAAGGUGUCAGUAUACCACUAGUGGAUCCAGACACAGGAAAAUUAUUGCCAGUCUUAUUCGCUGUAGAUCCUGGUCCUGACUGGGAUUGGGUAGAAGGUUCACGAGAGUUGUUAACUUGUACACAGGAUACUAUGGAGAUCUUGUUGCGACAGUAUUUGGACUGCGAGUAUCAAAGUUUUACAUCCGAAGAUAUUGACAGGCUUUCCGAUACAGAUGGUCCUUUGUCGAAGACAGCAAAGCAACUGUUAGAGGUCGCGAAACAAUUCGGUUCUAUUGGUAAAUCUGUCAGUAAAAAAAUAUGGUCUAUGACUAAUAAGAGGCCAAAAAGCCCGCCUUCUUCGAGCGGCGGAAUUUCCACAGAAGGUUUGUUGUGUGUGAGGAUAAAAAGUAGACGUCAUCAGUUCGUGGAUCAAAUGCUUCAGAAUUAUCUACAAUGUGCUCAUGCAAGAUAUUUGCAGGAUCAUCAGGUAGACGAUACAGGUAGCGAAUUGAAUUAUGGUGCUGGAAAAUCUAAAUUUUACGCUGCCAGCGAUCGCGGUAGUCAUGCGAGUGUUAGCAAACUGUUACCCACUAACACAAAUAAAGAUCACACGCUUUAUCUUUCGAGAUCCACAUUUUAUAAUGACCAAUCUUCGUCAAAUAAUAUGGGGCCAGAGAUUUGGAACAGUAGUAACAAUUUAAAGGGCACUGUACAGGAGUGCCGCAGCGAACACUGCCAAUUCUUUGGAUCGCCGGAAAACGGAUACUAUUGCUCGCAGUGCUCGGCUAAUCGAAGUUAAGCAACCGUCCUUAAUCACACAUGACAAUAAUCUCGAUUUAAUAUCGCUCGAAUUAAGUUAUUAAAUAAUUAAUAUAAUAUUAGAGAUAUAAGAUAUACAAGAGAUAAAGCUUAUGAAAAAUAUCCCACCAACCUAUUGUCGGUAACAUUACGCUAUUUGUUUUUAAUUUUAUUUCUUUUUUCAUGUUUUCUUGUAUUUAUUAACAUUUUCCAUUCGAAAACGGCAUAUCAGAUGCACAGGGUUCAAGUAAAUGACAAUGCGUUUAUAGUACAUCAUCGCAUUUCCAAGUGAUGAAAAAUUUACAAACUUAGCAAUCAGAGAACAAAAGUUUUCUUUUCGUUUUUUUUUUUAAAUUUCGAUAUUGUGCCUUCUGUCGUGUAUGCGCGGAACGAAAAAUGGAAAUACUCCUUUAUAUACUAGUUAUAAAAACCUUUACACCCACAACUACCUCCACAGUUUUCAAUUAUAGAGUGUGGUCGGUAUAUAUAAUUAUUAGUGUUUUAUAAUUAUUUGUGGAUUCCAAAGGUUGAUGCGGAAAUAUUAUAUUUAUAAUCUCAAUGUCCUGUGCAAUUGCUGUGUAUGUAAGCUGUGUGAAAAAUAAACCAUAUUUUUAUAUAC